CCAAAAUGGUGCCAAAUACCUGAAGACUUGAGUGUUGAGCUGGUGUUUGUAAAUAAUCUUGAGUAAAACAAGAGUGGGGAUUGGUGUCUGGGUGAUCUUUACAUUGGGGGCUUCUGGUUCGUCAGUUGUUGGGUGGUGUGACUCCUGGUACCGCUGUUGCUGAGGUGUCAUAAAAUAGUGCUCACCACUCAGUUAUGUCACCCCUUGGUGUGCUAAACACCUCAAGAACACUGUCGACUAUUUAAUUUCCUGCUCUUAUUCAAUUCCUCGGGGGUUUAUUGGUGACAAUUUGAUAGCUUCCUGGGGGAUUAAAUAACGGUGAAAGGAUGGAGGACAACGGAAUUCCAUCUAAUGUCUCUCGACAACAUCUUGUUGUUAAUGAAGAACCGGUGGCCAAUGGCAGUAAUGAUGAUAAGGGGCUCGAUACCAUCCGCGACAGGAGAAUAUCCAGGAAGGAGUGGAUCACUGUUAUCGUCCUCUGCUUCGUCAAUUUGAUUAAUUACAUGGACAGGACUACUAUUGCUGGAAUUUUAUCGGAGAUACAAAAAGAGUUUGAAUUAGGUAACGAUCAAUCUGGUCUCCUGCAGACGGCUUUUAUCGUCAGUUAUAUGAUAUUCGCUCCCUUGUUCGGAUACUUGGGGGACAGAUACAAUAGAAAAAUCAUCAUGAGUGCUGGUGUAUUCCUGUGGUGUCUGACAACCCUAAUUGGAUCUUAUAUGAAGACGUACGAGUGGUUCCUAAUCUUUCGGAUGUGCGUGGGCAUAGGUGAGGCGAGUUACUCGACGAUAGCCCCAACGAUAAUAAGUGAUUUAUUCGUAAAAGACACUCGAUCCAAGAUGUUGGCACUGUUUUACUUUGCCAUCCCAGUUGGUAGUGGACUCGGUUACAUAACCGGUGGAAAAGUAGCUGCUGCCACAGGCCAGUGGCAGUGGGGCCUGAGGAUUACACCGGCCCUUGGAAUAAUCGCCAUUGCCCUCAUCCUCGUAUUCGUUAGGGAUCCAGUUCGUGGUGAGAAAGAGGGAGGUUCUCACAUCGCAAGUACCACGUGGAGUAACGACAUUCGUGCCCUAGUCAAGAAUCCAAGUUUUAUGCUAUCAACUGCUGGAUUCACCUGCGUGGCGUUUGUUGCCGGUGCUCUUGCCCUCUGGGCCCCAAAAUUCCUCGAAUUGGGUCUUAAACUCCAAAAGGAAAAGUCAUUAGUAGUAAAUGACGUGUCAUUUGUGUUCGGGGGCAUUGCAAUGCUCGCAGGACUCAUUGGGGUUCCCUUGGGCUCCAUCAUGGCCCAGAGGAUGAGGGCCAGGUGGCACCAGGCUGAUCCUCUUAUCUGUGGGAUUGGCUUGCUUAUCAGUGCACCCAUGAUCUUCCUCGCGAUUAUUACUUCCAGUGGGAAUUCCAUUGUCUGUUUUACGGUCAUCUUCCUGGGGCAACUAGCCUUGAACCUCAAUUGGUCAAUUGUCGCUGAUAUGCUCCUGUACGUUGUCAUUCCCACGAGGAGAUCCACUGCUGAGGCAUUCCAGAUUCUCGUGGCACAUGCCCUCGGUGAUGCUGGGAGUCCUUAUAUCAUUGGAGUUAUGUCGGAAGGUCUGAGGCCGUAUUUUCUCACACCGGGAGAGCCAAGUAAUGAUUACGUCGACUUCAAAUGCCUUCAAUAUUCGUUAUUCUUGACUAUUUUCGUCGAGGUACUCGGGGCCCUCUUUUUUUUUCUCACGGCUCUUCAUAUACAGAAGGACAAGGCGUUGGUCGAUCUCACGAUUGCUGACACAACUGCAGUUGGAACUUCUCUCAUCAGACCAGAGGACACUGAUAGAUAGCUAAAAUAAUGCACUGUAGUGCAGCAAUUAAUUAACAACCGACUGAUGAAUUAAUUUCUUAAUGAAUCUUCAGUGUGAUGUUUUUUUUUCUCACUCUCUUUUUUUCUCGUCUCGAAUUCGCGUUGUUCUCGCCAUUUUUAGCAGCAAAAUUCCGAGUCAAGUUUAAAAUUUAUCAAUUCAGUUUUUUGUCAGUUGUGGGUAUUCAGAUAUAAUCGAAAAAGUGAUUUCUUGACAAGUCAACAACAAUUUUGUUAGUAAUAGAGUACUUUUUGGGCAAUAGACUUUGGAAUAGAUAAUAUUAAAAUUAUUCUAGUAUUUACUGAUGCUAGGCUGUGCAAUGGUAUCCAUGUAAAGUCAUCAUUUCUAAUGAUGGAAUAUAAUUGUUGAAAUCGCUCAAUUGUUUCAACUGAUUUGAGGUGUUUUUUGGAAAAAAAAAUUGGACGAAAAA